UCCGCCCGCCCCCUUUCUCUUCCCCUUCUUUUUUUUCAACAGAAAGAAGACCAAGAUGGCGGCGGUGGCGGCCGUUAGGGUUUCUGUGUGAAGAUUGGGGAGGCUUUCCCUCAAGCAGCGCUUUCUACAGCAGGGGAAAGAGCGCCAUUCCCAGGUAUUUAUUGUUAGCCGUUGAUUAUACAACAUGGCAGCUGGAGGUGGUCCUUUUGAAGAAGGAAUGGAUGAUCAUGACUUACCCAAUUGGAGCAACGAGAGUCUUGAUGAUCGAUUGAACAAUACGAGCUGGGGUGGUCAACCAAAGAGACCAAACAAAUCUUCAGAAAAAAACAAGAAAAAGGUUUCUAGUGAAAGUGAAACAAGACUUACUAAUGACAUCUCUCCAGAAUCCACCCCAGGAGUUGGACGAAGGAAAUCGAAGACUCCCCAUAGCUUUCCUCAUACAAGAUACAUGACUCAGAUGUCUGUCCCAGAGCAGGCAGAACUAGAAAAACUUAAGCAAAGAAUAAACUUCAGUGAUUUGGAUCAGAGAAGUAUUGGAAGUGAUUCUCAGGGCAGAGCAACAGCUGCUAACAACAAACGUCAACUAAAUGAAAACAAAAAGCCGUUCAACUUCCUGUCACUACAAAUUAAUACUAACAAAGGCAAGGAUGGUGCUACAAGUUCUCAAACACAUGAAACUUCUGGUUCAUCACAAUAUAAAGACUUAAUUACAGCUGCCUUGAGUAAGGAUUUGCUGCAGAAUUGUCCCGUCUCAAUUGAAGAGGAUGGAAGAGGCGAACCUGCAGUGGACAGUAGUCAGAUUGUGAGCAGACUAGUUCAAAUUCGUGACUAUAUUGCAAAAGCCAGUUCCAUGCGAGAUGAUCUUGUUGAGAAAAAUGAGAGAUCUGCUAAUGUUGAGCGCUUAUCACAUCUCAUAAAUCAUCUGAAAGAUCAGGAGAAAUCUUACCUGAAAUUUUUACAGAAGAUACUAGCUAGAAAGAAUGAGGAGGAGGAUGGUCGAACUGUAGAUUCAGCUGUGGGAUCUGGUUCUGUAGCUGAGAGCACAUCGCUAAACAUAGAUGUGCAGUCUGAAGUUUCAGAUACAACGGAAGCUUCUUUUAGCCUGGGACCUCGACCCGGCAUUGAGGACAAACUAGGGAAUUCAACUUCUCAAGGACAGGUUUCAGACAUGGAUGAUACAGGAAGUCCAAAAGUGAGAUGUGACAGAGCUGCCCUGAAUGGCAGCUGGCCUAGUAGGAUUAAUAACCAAGAACCUGGAUUGCCCUCAAAGGCUAGAGAUCCUCAGCAAGAAGCUACAGAAGAACUUGUAAAUUUAAAGAAGCAACAUGAUUUACUAAAGAGGAUGUUACAACAGCAGGAACAAUUGAAAGCUCUUCAAGGGAGGCAAGCUGCCCUUCUUGCUCUACAGCAUAAAGCAGAACAGGCUAUUGCUGUCAUGGAUGAUUCUGCAGCUGCUUCUGCCUUUAUUGAUGCUCCAGUAGUGGUCCCUAAAGAUGGAGAUAAAACUGCUAGAGGGGUUCAAGUAGUAACAGAAACCACAGGUAGCAUUUCAGGAGUGAGCCUAACUUCUGAGCUGAAUGAAGAAUUGAAUGAUUUAAUUCAGCGCUUUCACAAUCAGCUUCAUGAUUCUCAGGUUCAAGCUGUGCCAGAUAAUAGAAGGCAAGCAGAGAGUCUCUCUCUUACCAGGGAAGUUUCUCAAAGCAGAAAUUCCUCCAUGUCUGAGCAUUUGUCUGAAGAGAAAGCACAACUCUUUAGUAAGAUGAUAGCACUGCAGGGUAAAAAGCAAAAAAUGGACAAACUGCUAGGAGAAUUGCAUACACUUCGUGACCACCAUCUUAACAACUCAUCUCUGUUACCUGGUUCAGGAUCUCCUCAAAGGAGUGUUGAUCAAAGAAGUGCAACUUCAGUAGCUUCUGCACCUGUAGGGAUAACAGCAGGUGUCAAUGAAGAACCAAACAGCUUAGCAUCAUCUGUUGUCUAUCAUCCAGAUUCUGUAACCUCACAGAAUGAAAGUGAAGAGGAUGACAACCUAAAUGCUACAGAAAAGCUUCAGAAAUUGAAUGAAGUUCGGAAGAGACUUAAUGAAUUGCGUGAAUUAGUGCACUACUAUGAACAGACCUCAGAUAUGAUGACAGAUGCUGUUAAUGAGAAUACUAAAGGGGAAGAAGAGACAGAGGAUUCAGAGUGUGAUUCUGACCUUGAGAAUCCACAGCCUGUUACCAAUAUUAGAAAUCCACAGGGUAUUAGUAACUGGAGUGAAAUAAAUUGUAACAGUAAUUUGCAGUGUGGAACUAAUAACAGAAGUGGAAGUCACCUUAAUACAGCCUGUGAAAUAAACAACCGAUCUGCUAACAUAAGGAUGUUGAAUAUGCCUUCAACCGUAGAUUGUCAUUAUAAUAGAGAAGAUGAUAGUAUAGAAAUACCUCAAGGUGAGGAUGACGACAUUGGUCCUGAAGCUGAUAGAGCUAGCGAAGCUUCCUUAUCCAGUCGCAGAAGCAGCAUUGUCGAUGAGGCACCUGUUGAUGCAGAGUUUGAGCAAAAGAUUAACAGACUUAUAGCAGCCAAGCAGAAACUAAGGCAGCUGCAAAAUCUGGUUGCUAUGGUGCAGGAUGAUGAAGGUGCGCCAGAGUCUGCAGGACGGGAUAAUGUAGAUCAGUACUAUUUGGCUGAAGAAGAAAAAGAACAACAGCAGCCAAAUAAUGUCCUAACAAGUGCAAACAAGUCAGAAAAAGCUGUGGUUCUGAAUGAAAAAGCAAGGGAGAAAUUUUAUGAAGCGAAACUUCAACAGCAGCAGAGAGAACUCAAGCAUCUCCAAGAAGAAAGAAAGAAAUUAAUAAAGAUUCAAGAAAAAAUCCAGGUGUUGCAGAAGGCUUGUCCAGACCUUCAAUUGUCAUCUAGCUUGGAUAAUUGUCCAGGGAAUACUUCAGCACCAACUGCUAAUGAAAUCAAUGCAGGAAACAAGGCUGUGGAUCAGCCUGAAGAAAAGGCCAUGGUGGAUAGUGAGCUUUGGUCAGAGAUGCGUAGACAUGAGCUUCUAAGGGAAGAAUUGCGACAGAGGAGAAAACAGCUCGAAGCUUUAAUGGCUGAGCACCAGAGAAGAAGAGAUUUAGCAGAUACUACAUCUGCUGGUGCUGCUUCUGUGAAAAGUGAUGGAUCAGAAACUCAGUGUACUCCUCAACAAAGCAGAACAGAAAAAACAAUGGCCACAUGGGGAGGGUCUACUCAGUGUGCACUUGAUGAAGACGAGGGCGAUGAAGAUGCUUAUCUUUCUGAUGGACUUGCUCAAGCGGAAGAGGAGGAAGAGGAAGAGCAAGAUUCUAGUUCCAAUGAAUUGUCCAUAUGUUCCAAUAAUGUAGAUCAAAGCUCAUAUUGUGCAAAGGAAGAUAUACAGAGCUGGAAAAAUCCUCGUCCGCUUUCAGCAGAUGGAAACUACCGUCUUCUAGCGAAAGCAAAGCAACAACAAAACAUCAGCAUGCGCCGUCAAGAAAACCAUCGUUGGAUGUCUGAGCUUUCUUAUGUGGAGGAGAAAGAACAAUGGCAAGAACAAAUAAACCAGUUGAAAAAACAGCUUGAAUUUAGUGUCAGUAUUUGCCAGACCUUAAUGCAGGAUCAACAGAACCUUUCCUGCCUAUUACAAACCUUGCUUACUGGUCCUUACAGUGUGAUGCCCAGUAAUGUUGCUUCACCACAAGUACAUCUUAUAAUGCACCAGUUAAAUCAGUGCUAUUCUCAACUGACCUGGCAACAAAAUAAUGUACAAAGAUUGAAGCAAAUGUUAAAUGAUUUAAUGCACCAUCAAGAGCAGCAGCAAGCAAAAACAGCCAAAAAGAAAAAAUCCAGCAGUGCUCCACCACCUCCAUCACCAACAGUGUUUUGUCCCUUCAGUUUUCCUUCCCAGACAAUGAACCUAUUCAACAUGCCUGGGUUCACAAAUUUCUCUUCGUUUCCACCAGGUAUCAACUUCAGCCCAAUGUUUCCACCUGGUUUAGGGGAUUUCUCACAAAACUGUACUGCUCAAAACAAUGAGCAGCAGCCAUUAGAACAUAAUACUACUGGGAAGACUGACUAUAUGGCAUUUCCAAAACCAUUUGAAAGUAGUUCCACUCCUGGAGCAGAGAAGCCAAGAGGCCAGAGGCAGUCUGAAGAAGAGCUGGAGAGUAGAUCGGCUUGGUUAAAUGAACAUCAAGGAGGAGGGAAAGAGAAACCGCUGUUCCUCAAGACUGGAUUUGCAGUACCAGUACAAAAUACAGCGUGUGGUAGCCAGAAAGGCCAGCCUGACACUGGCAGAAGAAGGGAAUUUGAUGAAGAAUCUUUAGAGAGCUAUAGCAGCAUGCCAGAUCCAGUGGAUCCAACCACUGUGACGAAAACAUUUAAACCUAGAAAAGCAUCUGCACAGGCCAGCCUGGCUUCAAAAGACAAGACACCAAAGUCCAAGAGCAAGAGGAGCACUUCUCAGUUUAAAAAUAGGCCUAGAACUAAUGGGUUUGAAAGUGCCAGUGCAUCUAGUACAUGUGAGCCUUAUAAACGAAAUAGGAGUAGGCACUCCACUCGAAAAGAAGAAGCUACGCAAGCGAAAGUGUUCAGUAAAAAAAAUCGGGAACAGCUGGAAAAAAUAAUUAAAUACAGUAGAUCAUCAGAAAUGUCUUCAGCACAUGCUAGGAGACUACUGCAGCAGUCUAACAGAAAUGCAUGCCUAGAACCACCAGAAACAGGCAGUGACCUUUCUAUGUUUGAAGCUUUGCGAGACACCAUUUAUUCUGAGGUUGCUACUUUGAUAUCACAAAAUGAAUCUCGCCCUCAUUUUCUGAUUGAGCUUUUUCAUGAGUUACAGAUGCUAAAUACAGAUUAUUUGAGGCAAAGAGCAUUGUAUGCUUUACAGGAUAUAGUGACCAGACAUGCUUCAGAUGAUAAUGAAAAAGGAGAAUGUCCAAAACCACUGAGCUCAGCAGCAUGGGCAGGAUCAAAUUCAGAGCUUACUCCCAGUGAAAGCCUUGCAACUACAGAUGAUGAGACAUUUGAGAAGAAUUUCGACCAAGGAGCCUGUAGAGAAUGUGAGAAAAAUGAUGCAGACAAUGGCAGCACUAUGUCUAUAUCUUCAAAUUUUGAACCCUUUGCUACUGAUGAUCUUGGCAACACUGUGAUUCACCUAGAUCAGGCCCUGGCUCGAAUGAGAGAGUAUGAACGGAUGAAAAUGGCUGCUGAAAGUAACCUUGACUCAGAAGAUGGUUGCAGUAAUGUCCGGAGUGUUUCUUCUUCAAAGCCGGAAGAUGUAGUUGAGAGUCAUAGUGCAGCACAGCCUACUGAAGUGCCAGCUGUUCCAUGCCCUCGAAUAGAUACUCAGCAGCUUGAUCGGCAAAUUAAAGCUAUUAUGAAAGAGGUCAUCCCCUUCCUGAAGGAGCACAUGGAUGAGGUAUGUUCUACUCAGCUUUUGACUUCAGUAAGACGCAUGGUCUUAACCCUUACUCAGCAAAAUGAUGAAAGCAAAGAAUUUGUGAAGAUAUUUCAUAAGCAACUUGGUAGCAUAUUGCAGGAUUCACUGGCAAAAUUUGCUGGCAAGAAACUAAAGGAUUGUGGGGAAGACCUUCUAGUGGAAAUUUCUGAAGUAUUAUUUAAUGAACUAGCCUUCUUCAAACUUAUGCAAGACUUGGACAACAAUAGUCUGACUGUAAAGCAAAGAUGUAAAAGAAAAGUGGAAGCAGAUGGAACAAUGCAGUCUUAUGCCAAAGAGGCAAAAAGAACACUUGAAGGAGGAGCUUGUUCAUCUACUGAAGAUAUUGAUGAAGAUAAAGACAAAGAUGAAACUGAAACUCUUAAGCAAGUUCAUGAAUCGGCAAUAUUCAAUAAUAGAGAAGUGCCUAGAACCAUAAGAUCAGAUGCCUCGGAUCAGGAAGAAGAGGAGAAUGAGAGUUGCCCAGUGUCCAUAAGCUUGUCUAAAGCAGAAACCCAGGCUCUAACUAAUUAUGGAAGUGGAGAAGAUGAAAAUGAAGAUGAAGAAAUAGAUGAAUUUGAAGAAGGGCCUGUAGAUGUUCAAACUUCCCUCCAAGCAAACAAUGAAACUACUGCUGAAAAUGAGCAGGAGCAGAUUUCACAACCCAAAUCUGAAAAUUCAGAUGAUUGCAUCACAGUACUAUCUGAACAAGAAUCUGUGGCUAAAGGUGACCUGGAUUCGACUGUUGUUGUGCCUCAGUAUCUUAACAUUAUAGAAGAUACACAGGCCAUACCUGUUAAUGCUGCUGAGGAUCUUAAUCCAAGUACUGUAGUAACAGAAGAACAAGACGUGUCGUUAGCAGAAAAUGAAAGUCAUGCAUUAGUCACUGUACAUGAAGAACCCAAAUCCUCAUCAGGAACGCCUGAAAGCUCUGUUGUUGACAGUCCCGAUACAGAGUCUCCUGUGUUGGUGAAUGAAUAUGAAACUGGUUCUGGAAAUAACAGUCAGAAAUCUGAUGAGGAUGACUUUGUGAAAGUUGAAGAUGUAUCCCUUAAACUUGCAGUCUAUUCUGAGGAAGAGCUGAUGAAAACAAUAGUGGAGGAAGCUCAGACUAACAGUAUCACUUCAGAAAUACUGGCCAGUACAGAAAACCAUGAAGAUUUAGUGGGAGAUCCUCAAAUCCUGAAAGAACCUGAAACUCUUGGAGCCCAAAGUGCGUGAAAAAUCAUUUCAAGGGUAACUCCUUGGCCUACUUCAUCUACAGAUGCAUAUAGAAAAUGGCUACUAAAUUUCAUGCAUUGUAAUCUGUAUAAAAAUGUAAAUUAGUUUUUCAUACACCGUCUUUUAGAGUAGGCGCACUAACUUUGGCCCAUAAAACUAAAACGGCUACAACUGAGCUUUCAGUCUGGCUGCACAGUUAUUUGCUGUCUUGUCUUUUUUAUUAUUUGAUUGUGAUUUUAGCAAUUUUAAAAAUGUAGUUUUAAAUAAAAGUUGCCUUGUA